AUGGCGCAACUACAUUCUUCGUAUUCCAUUCGAUGCCUGCUGGCCGACACCGAUGUGUUCAACAAAUAUACUGUCAAAUUUAUUCUUGGAAAAGAUCUCGUUAAAGAACGUUCUAGCAAAGCACUAAUCACCCCCUCGAAUCGCCGUCACUUAGAAGGCACCAACUCAUCGCCAAUAUGUGAAGGUAUCACUNAGACAAUCACCCCCUCGAAUCGCCGCCACUUCGAAGGCACCAACUCAUCGCCAAUAUGUGAAGGUAUCACUUACAGAGCUGCCAUUGCAAUGGCCAUUCGUAGCAGUCCUGGAAAAUGCUUGCCGCUAAGAGCAAUUUACCGCUGGAUUGAAGAUAACUAUCCGCAUUUCUCCAGAAAUAACGAAAACUGGAAGGAUACAGUGCGCUACAAUCUAAGUCAUAAUAAAAUAUUCGUGCGCGUUCCGAGGCCUGCAAACGAUCCAGGUCGUGGAAAUUAUUGGACAAUCGAUACCAUCGCUGAGGAUGUGCAAACUAGAAAUCAAAUAAGGAAGCGGAUGUUGAAGAAUAAAAUACAGCUAUAUCAUCCAUAUGAACGCACCGAGUGCCCCUCGGGUGCAGCAUAUCCGGACGCCUGUGCUGCCUCCGUCAAGCAGUUUGAGAAAUGCCCUCCAAAGCCCGUGCAACAGGAAUGCACCUACCAAGCGUGGAAUAUUUUCACACAUUGGCAAUAUCAAUAG